CUUGCUCUUCCCAUAUUUGUCCUCUGGCGUUAUCCCCGCACGAUUUGCAAAGCAUCAACUCCGAGAAAGGGUGCUGCCACCCCGAUCCCCGUCGCCGGUCUUUGUUCUUGAGGGAGGAAGAAGUGGGGGCGGCGAGUCCUCCUCCGGCUCGAUGUCGACGGUGUCGAAGGGGCCGGCGGUGGCGGUGGAGGCGGAGGAGGAUGCGGUGGAGAAGGACUACGUGGGUCUUUCGGAGGAGAGCUGCUCGUGCUACCCCAACGGCAAGGGCGACGACGGCGGAGCCGAGGAUGAGGACGAGGAGGAGGAGCUGGAGCUGGGACUGAGCCUAGGGGCCAAGAAGGUUACCGGCGGAGGCGGGAAACAGGGAGGGGCACCUUGGCGGGAGUACUGUAGGAUUCUAACCGCUGAGGACUUCCCGUCGCUGGUGUCGCGCGCUCCGCCGCUGUCUUCCUCCUCCUCCGUCUCCUCUUCAGCGACGCUGGUCGGCGGCGGUACCACCGGCGGCGCUGCGUCUCGGAGGGUUGCGGUCUCCGGUUCGCCGGAUGCCGGGGGGUCAACUAAUCCACCACCGAGCAGCACUCAGAUGGUGGUAGGAUGGCCACCUAUAAGAGCAUACAGGAUGAACAACAUAAUUAACCAAUCCAAAGAUAAUACAUCCUCAAAUGCUAUAGUAACCAUGACCCCCAAGGAGACCAAUGAAAGCAGCAAGAACAUCACGAAAGAAGUCAUUGCUAAGGAGCUUGAAAAGAAAGGAGGGCUUGCUGGGAAUUCUCUCUUUGUCAAGGUGAACAUGGAUGGGGAUCCCAUUGGGAGGAAGGUCGAUCUCAAUGCCCACUGGUCCUAUGAAACACUUGCUGCAGCACUUGAGGCCAUGUUUGACAAGCCAACAUCAGCACUUGGUGCUUCCAUAUGUGGCUCAAGGACCUCAAAGUUGGAUGAUGGCUCCCCUGAGUUCUCACUAACAUAUGAGGACAAGGAUGGUGACUGGAUGUUGGUUGGAGAUGUUCCAUGGGGAAUGUUUUUGAGCACUGUCAAGAGACUUAGAAUCAUGAGGACCUCCGACACCAAUGGGGGGCUCGCACCAAGGCUUCAUUCCUCCAAGUCUAGCGGUGGACUAAGAAAUGUUCCCUAGCAUCAAAACAAGGUUUUCAAUAGUUGAAGAUUGAUGGACAAAGGUAUAAGAUAAAGAGAAUGGAGAUUUUUUUUUCUUUUGUGGUGGGUGGGUUUUUGGUGGAGCAGGUGGAGAGUGGGUUUUGGGGUCUUGGGGGUUGUUCAACUCUACAACUGUUGUUUCAUUUUGUUCUUUAACCCCCCUCUUUUGUUGUGUUUCUGGGUGGUGGUUGUGGUGAUGGAAAUGGUGAAGAUGAAUGUUCCAGUUUCCUUUUGUUGGGUGGCUUGCAUGAUAUAACAUCAUGUUUACUAUGUGGUGUAAUGUUACACGCUUGGUUAAUACAUGAACUCUUUCUUUCAAUA